UAUUAACACAAGGAUUUAUUUGUUCUGUAGGCAAGUAAGAUAUUGGGAAGGAUUGCUACAGUUUAACCAAAGGCAGUUUUCACUCAACAUAGAACUCUAAACAAAUUAGACAUUCUUGGAAAUCCUGUUUGAAUUCGCAGGUUGGGCAAAUAAUGAAAGCAUUGGAAUAUUUAACAUAUUCCUGAGCACAGGAUUUUUAACAAUUCAAACCUGCCAGCCUUAUUACAGCAAUGGAUGGAGAAACGUAUUCCAGUUAUCAUCCAUUUGUAUCACACCCAGUAGAGACAGUCAUUUUGGGAACCAUUUUUUCCUGCAUUCUUUUGUGGUUCAUUAGAGAUGGUCUGAGAGUCGAAGGCAUUGAGCAGAAGCAUGUCUUUGUCACGGGAUGUGAUACCGGUUUUGGAAACCUGCUGGCAAGGCAGCUUGACCAGAGAGGGUUCAAUGUCAUAGCCUCGUGUCUGACAGACAAGGGAGGACAAGAUCUACAAGCAGCGAGCUCCCCCAAACUGAAGACUGUCCUGCUCAAUGUUACAGACAGUCAAAGCAUUGAGAAAGCUGUGCAGUUUGUACAGACUGAAGUUGGAGAUAAAGGUCUCUGGGGCCUGGUGAACAAUGCUGGAAGAGCAACACCAAUUGGACCAACAGAAUGGAUGCAAAAGGAAGAUUUUAAUAAAGUUCUUGACGUUAAUCUCAUAGGACUGAUUGAGAUCACCCUGAAGUUCCUUCCACUGAUAAAGAAAGCCAGAGGCCGGGUUGUGAAUGUUGCCAGUGUAAUGGGCAGGUUGGCCUUUGCCGGUGGAGGAUACUGUUUAUCCAAGUGGGGAGUGGAGUCUUUCUCAGACAGCUUGAGGAGGGACAUGCAGUAUUUUGGUAUCAAAGUCAGUAUAAUAGAGCCUGGCUUCUUCAAGACUGGUGUUACAAGUUUAGCAGUAAUAGAGAAGGACCUGCAAAGACUUUGGGACCGCCUCUCUCCUGAGGUCAGGGACUCCUAUGGAGUACAAUAUUUUGACAAGUAUCUGAAAGCUCAGAGUCUCUCGAUGAACACUUUUUGCAGCUCUGAUAUCUCGAAGGUCACAAACUGCAUGGAGCACGCCUUGAUAGCAAAGUACCCCAGGACUCGCUAUGGAGCAGGAUGGGAUGCAAAGUUCUUCUGGCUGCCUCUCUCCUAUGUGCCAUCAUUCAUAGCAGAUUUCAUGUUACGUGCACUGCUGCCAACUCCUGACGCCAGCAGGCAACAGAUAAAGUUGGCAUUUAAUAGCACUGAUAAUUUACAAAAAAUACAAGUUAAUCCCCAUUAAAGAGUCUUUACUUCAUAAGGGGUGUCAAUGCCAAUGGGUGGACACAACUGGGACAGCUCACUUACCCAUAUUGAGUCUGCAGCAACUAGAUUUUGCUGGUGUGCAACUAUGGACAUUUAUGAUGCUGUAGCGUUUGCAGUGUUCUACAAUCUACUGUUUAUUUAUUAUUGUGAUGUCUUCUAUCAAUUAAAGUUUGAAAUACCGCAUGAACAUGGUUACAAAGUACAUUAAUGCUAUAUUGUAUUUAAACUUUAACCCUUUGUUUAGUACUUUAUAGUGUUUUAUUUUUACAGUUUUAGCUUUUUAGAAAGAAAACCAGAUUUGAAUAUGUUGCACCUCACUAACUUCCAAGGAUAUAGUCUCUUAAGCUUAAUUUUAUGUGGGUUGAAACUACAUCACACUGUGUACAUCGCUGUCAUUUUCAGUACUGCAAAGCUUUUAACUAUGUAAAUUCAAUAUUGUUUUACAUGGGACCUUUCACAAGAGAAGAGUUUUGUGUUGUGUAAAAAAAAGUAUAUACAUAUACAUUGUUAAAGACAGUUAAUCCUAAAAAACAAUCUGUAUUUAUAAUCUGUAUUGUUACAUACCAUUUAUUGUUGUAAACAAUGUCUAAAAGAACACAUUGUGUAAUAAAUAUUAUACUGUA